AUGAAUAAAUUAAAUCAACAAAAUUCGUGUUCUCCUUUACAAUAUUUAUUCGAAAAUAUAACUGAAUAUGUUUUGGAAAAGUUGGGUGAACGCUGUGCUGUUUCCUCAAUAAUUGUUCCAACAGCAAUAAUUUAUGGCCUAAUUUUGUUAAUUGGUUUAUUUGGGAAUAUUUGUACUUGCCUAGUUAUUUUAAAAAACAAAUCUAUGCAAAACCCAACAAAUUAUUAUUUAUUUUCUUUGGCUGUUUCUGAUUUACUUAUUUUAACUCUUGGCCUUCCAAUGGAACUUUAUGGAGUUUUUGAUGUUUUAUAUCCUUACAAAUUUGGAGAAUUUGUUUGUAAAGGGAGAGCUUUUUUGAUUGAAUUUACUUCUUAUGCUUCUAUUUUAACGAUUACUUGUUUUUCUGUUGAACGGUGGUUGGCUAUUUGUUUUCCUCUUCGAAUAAAACUCUUUUCUACUCUUGAUCGGGCAAUUCGUGUAAUUAUUGCUGUUUGGAUAUGUGCUUUUAUUGCUGCUCUUCCUGUUUUGGAUAUUGUUGUGGUUAAUAAAUUACCUCUUCCCGAUUGGACUAUUGGGAAAAAAUGGUUGUUGCCUCUAAUUUCUGAUGAUAAUUCUACUCUUAGAAAUACUGAUACUUGUGCUUUAGACUUUCACAGACCUAUAGCUCAACGCAAUUUUAUUUUGACAGCUUUCUUUCUAUUCUUCCUACUUCCAGCAUUAUUAAUUACACUUGUCUAUUGUCAUAUUUUACAAUGUUUAUGUUCAUCAGUUCGCUCUUCAAAAGCAAUUUUUGGCGGUGAAAGAGCUCAAAAAAUGCGGUCAAGAAAAAGUUUACUUAAAAUAUUAGUUUCUGUUGUUGUAAUGUUUUUUCUUUGUUGGCUACCUUUUCAUAUUCAAAGACUUUUAAGUAUUUAUUUAAAUGAAGCAGGAAAUGUUAACAACGAAGAAAUUAAUGAAGAACCGUCUUCUGCAGUAUUUUCUCUUUUUAGUGUUGUUUUUUAUAUUUCUGGAUAUUGCUAUUAUUCUAAUUCUGCAUGUAAUCCAAUUCUUUACAACAUUCUUUCUGCUAAAUAUAGAAGAGCUUUUUGUCGAACGAUAUUGGGCGAAAGAAUGGCUAAUAAAUUAUUAAAUGAAAAACAUCCUUCCUCAGUAUUUGGCCCAGCUCUUCAUUCUCAUUUAAACACAAAAUUGUCAGCAAGUUCAGCACUUAGGCAUACAAUUUCCCCAAAAAUUUCAUCAGCCAGCAGACUUUCACUUCCUCCACCUCCAACAAUAAUUUCUUCUAAAUUAACAACAACUACUAAUAAUCGACCUUUACCUCAACUAGAUCGUUAUGCUUGGGAACAAUUUUGUGGAAAUACAAUAAUGACAAUGGCUGUGGGGUCUGUUACUAGUCCAAUCAAAACAACAAACUUUCUUACUCGUAAACGUAAAAAUGGAUCAUCCACAAAUGUUGAAAAACAAAAAACUAAAAAUUCAAAAAAUCGGAGAAGAGAUACAACACCAGAUUUAACUAGACGACAACUUGUUGUAGAAGAUUCUCGGCCAUUUUUGGAAAAAAGAAAUCUCAAAACUUGAUAAAUAGACGGAAGAUUCUCUAAUUAAAUUUUACUUAAUGAACUCAAUUUUUGUUAGUUUAAUAUUAUAUUAUUAAAAAUGUAAUGUAGAGAGGGUCUUCCAGCAAGAGAGAACAUCCUCAGGAUGUUCAUCCUUCCCAUUAGAAAACAUCCCUUCCUCACAUCAUUUCUCAGUUACUUAAAAGGUGAAUUCGUCCAGCAAGAGACAAAGGAAAUUUGGUCGUCUGUGAUGUCCUUAGUGAGGCAUUUCUUCUC